AUGCUGCAACUCUUAUUCCCCCGGCCAUUGCUCACGACGACCUCUGCUCACCUCAUCUCACUCGCGUUCGCCUGCGCAUACGUCGGCUCAAUCUACCUUUCGAAGAACGCACGACUUUCAUUCUCUAAGAGGGCGCCUCGAAUAUCCAACAUGAAUGACGAAGGGAGUCUGCAGGAACGUAACAGGCUGAGGAAUGAGCGGUGGCGGGAUGAUCCCGACGUGAUACGAGCGCGACUUCUGGCGGUUAGCGUCGCGACACUGUUGUGCUGCACCGGUGUGUUUGGGGUGUUGUGGUGGCAGGUUGGUGCGGAGACGCGAUACCUCGACAUCGCGAUCGAGGCCACCUUCCUCCGCCUCGGUCUGUUCUUCUUCGUGCAACUUCCCCAGUCCCUUCAAUCUCUCAUUGCCAACCCGCUACCCAACAUCCUCCCGCAUCUCGUCGCGCCAGUGCUCUUCCUCGGUCCACUGUAUGGUUCAUUCCUCGGGGGCGAGCUGCCUGGCCAACGGAACUGGUUUUGGAGGACACACGUCGUCGCGCGAUUCUGCAGUAUCCAGGGGAUCAGGAACUAUACGGUGGCACCGCUGACCGAGGAACUGGUGUUUCGGGGUUGUGUCCUUGCGGUGUAUCACCUUUCGGGGACCGGGAAAGGGAAGAUGGUCUUCUUGACGCCAUUGACGUUUGGGCUGGCGCAUGUGCAUCACGCGUGGGAUACGUAUAAUCGAUAUGGGAGAACGGGGCCGGCCGCGAAGAGGGCUAUUAUUUCGAGUUUGUUCCAACUUGCGUAUACCUCGCUGUUCGGAUUCCAUGUUGCCUACAUUUUCCUUCGGACAGGCUCUCUUCUACCUUCGAUCUCCGGACAUGUCUUCUGCAACCUGAUGGGAUUGCCUGAGAUUGCGUACGAGCUCAGGAGGUACCCUAAAAGAAGAAAAGUCAUAAUCACGAUGUAUCUGUUAGGAAUCGCGGGAUAUAUUUAUGUCCUCCCCCGAUGGACACAAACGGAAGCUAACUUCUACUGGCCGCGGGAAGGAGACGAAGCCUACGUCUAUGGAAAGUACUAA